AUGUUCCACAUUUUAUCUUUGUUGAUAACAAUUACAAAUGGAUUUCCUAGAACAGAUCUUAUGGAAGGCACAGCUACUACUAACGUAGAUUGGUAAAAACCAGAUUCUAGUCCAUUUAAUUAAAAAUUUUCUUGUGAUAAUGGAGAAUUAAUAGGACCUUUUAUCGGAAAGGUCGACACGAACAUCAAAAAAACAUUUACUAAUCUUUAACCUCAUUAUUCAUUAUAAAUUUCUUUAGAUCUUUUAUUCACAGAAUAUUGGUCAGGAAUAUCAAACUUUGUAAAUAUAUUAAUAGAUUCAGAAACAAUUUAUUCUGAUACAUCAAUAACUACUGUUAAUUUCAAUACUCCUAGCAAUUAUUGCAAGACAAAUGCAUUUUUGUAUUUAUUUCAAUAAACUUAGAAUAUUUGUAUAUAAUUAAUAAUUGAUCACAUUAAGGUAGAAUAUUAUUCAUUCAAAUCCUAAUCCAACAUUAGAGGUUACCUCUAGUUAUAAAUGUAUUUUACUGUCAUUAUAUACAGUAUGUGAGAAAUUAUUAAUAAAAAAUGUUAUAGUUUCUCCAUAGUUAUGUCAUUUUACUUGUUUAACAUGCACUGGUCCUAACGAAGAUGA